AUGAGCACCACCCACAGUGAGAGAGGUGAAGGUGGUGUGGGAGGUCAUUCGUUCCUCUCGGACGAUGAAGAUGAGGAUCUCUUGCUCGAUGAAAUUGAUGGAGAGAAUCUUAAUCACCACCACACUACUCAUGAGAAUCAGAAUCAUUCCAAUGACCAUGAAGCAUUGAACAUGAUGAGGAUGACUCAGUCCAACAAGUUUAGCAAUCAUCGGAAUCAUCGCUCGCUCAACGCAUCAUCUCUCACCGAUCAGAAUUCCAUCUCAUCUAAACGAAAAAUCCAUAAUAACAAAAGCACCAAUUCCUCUGUAAAUCUUUCUUCGUCGUUAAAUGCUUCCCGAAACACCAUCCCUUCCAUUCAUUCACUUCCACAUCGAUUUUCUGUUGAAAGCCCAAGUAUAUCAUUUGCAAAAGGAGAAAGAACCUACUCCUACCUAGACAGACACAGGAUAUCCACACCAGGUCCAAUCUAUGAAGUAACGAAUUGUAAUAACUUUGUUGCCAAGAAUCUAACGCCCAACAGCUAUUCAUUUCCAAAAGGAAAACGUUUUGUUGAAGAGGAAUUGAAGAUUGCAAAACAAGCUCAAAAUCCAAGUCCCACAGCGUACAAUGCAAAACUCAACUUUUCCUCAAAACAACAGAGCGAUCCAUCUUAUUCUUUUGGCACUCGCACUCCUGUGGUGGAAUUUCGUUCAGACUCACCUGGUCCAAUCUACUUACCACAACCAAGUUCACCUAAAAUAUCCAAAGUUCCCACCACAUUUGGAGCUGGUGAACGAACUUUAAGGUUAAUUGAAAACAGAGCUUCACCAUCUCCAGGUGCCUACGAUCCAGUGCUGACUGAACCCAAAAAAAGCAUCACUUUUACCUCAUCAAAGAAAGAGGACUUUACUUUUUUUGGAGACAAACUAAGCCAUCACAAAGAUGCCUAUCGAACGCCAGGUCCCAUUUAUGAUCCAUCCUUCAGGGCAACCCUGUCAUCCUCUCCUUCUUUUUCGUUCGGUACGAAAAGUCCACUCCCCUCAGAACGCCCUUCCAUGGAUGGCCCUGGAUUUUUGAAACCUGAAAAAUACAGUACAGCUCCAUCAAUAACUAUUUCUGGAAAAGAGAAAGAAGUGGAUCCCACCAUAAUUCACGCUCCCCGACUCAGAUACGUCAAUGAAGUUUUUUGUCAAGAAAAUUAUGGAAGGGAAUCUCCUGGUCCUAAAUAUAACAUCUCAGGAAGCUUUCUCAUUCCUUCCAAAAGAAAACCAGUCACAGAUCAUUUAAGCAUGAUGAAGAGCGAAAAGAAAAAAGGAACAUCAUCAGGAAAACCGCCUUAUUUAGGGUAUAGCAUCUCCAAAACAGCUGCUAUAGACACAGACAGCCCUGGUCCAAUAUAUGCCCCAAAUGAUGAUCUGACAACAAAAGUCAGGAGACCCUCAUCCAUUAUCAUGUCGCCUCCCAAGAAGGUAAAACGAAAACAAGCCAAAUCUCCUCCUUUGUUGAAUCCAAAAGUUGAUGCUCUCUCAACGAUACCCAAAGUGACAGCUCCAAGAUUUGUGAAAAGCAGCAUGGAUUGCAGAGUUUCUAACAUGUUCACCACUUCCAGCGAAUCGCCCGGUCCUGUCUAUAAGGUAGAUUGGGAUAGUCUGUCUAAGAGUGUGUCUAAAUCCUACAGAGGUAAAUUUGGAGGCUUGUCAUAA